AUGAAGCUAAUGUUAGGCCUGUUUUUUCUGUGGUUGCUCUCCUCAAAAGGUAAUGCUGAUAAUCUGGAAGAACAAGGGAUACUAAAGGCUAUAGGAAACAUCCAGUUUUCAUGUGAGCAGGGGAUGCUGCCUGAGAACCCUUCAUCUUCAGUUCAUGCUCUGAGGCCAGCUGACAUUAAAGCAGUCACUGCAAUAGGAAGUCUGCAAAGAGCAGCAGGGUUUGAUGUACAUCAUGAGGAUUUACUCCAAAGCACAGGAAAGAGCCUCCUUGAAGUAAGCGUGGAAACUUUAGCAGCUCUCAUUAGCAGUUUUAAUCCUGGGGUCCUACACCAAUCUCCUCCACCUGGCACAAAGGGAGCGACAUCAGACAGUCAAGCUGUAGACCUCCUGCAUCAAGCUGAAGAAAUAGUGCAUCUCAUGAAAGAGAAUCAGAUGAUGGACUUCCAAAAUGACUGGAAACUGAUCACAGUUUAUUUUAGUGCUGAAAGCCCAUGCUCUUGCUGUGCCUCCACACAACUGAAGAACUGUGUAUUGGACAACCUGGAAAAACUUAAAGCCGCCUUGGAUUUUUUGCAUAAAAAAGUUCCCAAGGCCUUCGUAAAUCUGGUGGAUUCCACUGAGCUUGCAACUUUGUCUCUCACAUACCAAGAUUACAAUAAUGCCAGUCAUCCCAAAGUAAAUCAGUGCAGCUGUUUUGGUGAAUGCUCCAUAUUAGAUGAUAACGUAUUGAGGUGGUCCUAUCAGGAUGCUUGGGAAAAACUGCUGAAGUCUGGGAGGUAUGAUCAAAAGGAUGACUUCACUGUUGUUCUUCAGCCUUCUCUUCAAGAAAGAAAUCUACUGCUCAGACCAGGCAAGGAUGGUUUCAAUACCACAUUGAAGACACAAAUAGAAACUCUGGAGGAUUAUAUUUUCAUGACUGUUGGCCUCUGGAACAACAUGAUGGAGCCAGUUGGACGGAAGCAGCCUUACAACUUCACAAAAAUGCUUCAGGUCCGGUGUCCAUCACAGGAAAAUCCAUAUUUGUUUACAUAUAGAAAUAGUAACUACUCAUCUUCCCUGGAGACAUCAAACACCAAGGAAACAUCUCAGGAGAGAAGUUAUGGAACAAAUAUUCCUUGUCUUGACCGGGAUCCCUCUGAUUCAGUUCCAGUUUCAGUUCAUAAUUUGAAACCAGCUGAUAUUCGGGUAAUUGCUGCCCUGGGAGAUUCAAUCACAGCAGGUAAUGGGGCAGCAUCCAAACCCUAUGAUGUUCUGGAUGUCCUGACUCAAUACCGUGGUCUUUCUUGGAGUGUUGGAGGAAAUGAAAACAUAAGCACGGUCACAACACUAGCAAACAUUCUUCGUGAGUUCAACCCAUCCCUGGUAGGGUAUUCCACUGGGAAAGGAAAGGAGACUUCAAAGAAUGCUGCAUUCAACCAAGCUGUUGCAGGGGAUCAUGCAGAGAAUGUUCCUGCACAGGUUAGAAGACUGGUGGACCUAAUGAAGAAUGACACUAGAAUAAAUUUUCAAACUGACUGGAAGCUCAUAACACUUUUCAUAGGAGGAAAUGACCUGUGUGAAUACUGUGAAAAUCCACUACACUAUUCUCCUGAAAAUUACACCUAUGGUCUACAAACAACUUUGGAUAUGCUUCACAGAGAGGUUCCACGGGCGUUUGUGAACCUGGUGAUGGUGCUUUCCACCACAAGCCUCCGGGAGCUGUACACAUCACAAAACAAUAGAUGCCCAAAGAUGCUUAUGAGGGUCCUGUGUCCUUGUGUGGUAACCCCUAAGGACAACUCCAAUGAGUUCAAGAAAUUGGUCUACUAUAACAGAAGGUAUCAGGAGAGAACGCGCCAGCUAGUAGAGAGUGGAAGGUAUGACACUAGAGAUGAUUUCACAGUGGUUAUCCAACCAUUUCUGAUGAAUGUGAAAAUGCCGAAAACACAGGAAGGGUUGCCGGAUGGUUCAUAUUUUGCCCCAGACUGUUUCCACUUCAGCCAGAAAUCUCAUUCCCAGGCUGCACGAGCUUUGUGGAACAACAUGCUGGAACCCUUAGGUCAGAAGAAAGAUGAUCAAAAAGUAGAUGAUGAGAUUGUUCUCAAAUGUCCAAGUAAGGAUGAGCCAUUCCUGAGGACAUACAGGAACAGUAAUUACACAUACCCUAACAGAACUCCAAAUUAUGGAAGCCAGCUGCUAUGUGAGGACAGGUCUCCAUCCUCCCCUCCUGCAACUUCAGUGCAUUCCCUAAAGCCAGCUGAUGUGAAAAUUGUAGCAGCUCUUGGGGAUUCUUUGACGGCUGGUACUGGAAUUGCUUCAGAUCAUCUCAUGGAUUUGAACACUGUAUUCCGGGGACUGUCUUGGAGUAUUGGAGGAGAUGCAUCAUUACAGAAUGUGACAACUCUACCCAACAUCUUUCGAGAGUUCAAUGUCACAAUCAUGGGCUAUUCGACUGGGACUGGGAGUGAGAAUGACUCAAAUGCGUUCCUUAACCAGGCAGUUCCUGGAUCUCAGGCUGAGCACUUACCAGCCCAAGCAAGAAAACUCGUGAGACUGAUGAAAACUGAUCCUAGAAUUGACUUGAGUGCUGACUGGAAGCUCAUAGUGGUGCAAAUUGGAGGCAACGAUGUGUGCAACUAUUGCAAGGACCCUGAUCACUACUCAGCUGUAAAUUUCGUCAGAAGAAUUCAAGAAACUCUUGAUAUUCUGCAUGAGCAGGUUCCAAAAGCUCUAGUGAGUCUGGUUGAUGUGAUGGACCUCGUCCCCCUGAGACAGUUGUUUGUGGAUACUCAAGUUCAGUGCCCCACUUAUAUGGCAGAUUACCUGUGUAGUUGUCUUCUCACAGGAGAAGAUGACUCACCAAAUUUAACAAUGGUGAAGGAAGCCAACAGAGCUUACCAGCUUGGCCUUCAGAAACUAGUGGAGUCUGGCAGAUAUGAUACUCAUGAAAAUUUUACAGUGAUCAUCCAGCCUUUCCUCCGUAAUGUACAGAUUCCUCUUGGUCAGGAUGGGCAUCCAGAUGUCUCCUACUUUGCACCUGACUGCUUCCAUCCAAGCCAAAAAGGCCAUUCUCAGCUUGCCAAGGCUCUCUGGAAUUCUGUGCUACAGCCUGUAGGAGAGAAAGCUGAGUCAUUUGAUUUCAUGGCUGACAUCGUCCUCGCCUGUCCGGCUCAGAAUAAACCAUUCCUGGGAACAUACAAGAACAGGAACUACACACAUCCACCUGUGGAACCCUCUGAUGAGUCAACAAAGAACUGGGGCAGUGACCUGUCAUGUCCUGAACAGGCUCCAUCCAGUCAUGUCCCAACAUCAGUGCAUGAGCUACGGCCUGCUGAUAUCAAAGUCAUUGGAGCACUGGGAGAUUCCCUGACUACUGCAUUAGAGGCCAAAGCAACUGACCUUCAAAGAGACUGGAGGGGACUUUCCUGGAGUAUUGGAGGUGAUGGGGCCUUGGAGACUCAGACUACUUUACCCAAUAUCUUGAAAAAAUUCAAUCCAAACCUCUUUGGAUUCUCCACUGGCAGCUCCAAGGAAACAGCUGGUUUCAACGUUGCAGAGAGAGGUGCCACAGCAGGCAAUAUGUUAGCCCAAGCACGUGAAUUGGUGGAGCUAAUGAGAAGCAGCCCGGAAAUUAAUUUCAAGGAAGACUGGAAGCUGAUCACUGUCUUCAUUGGAGGCAAUGACCUAUGCCAGUACUGCUUGGACAAGGAAACCUACUCAGUGCAAAAGUAUGUAAAGCACCUUCAGGACACUCUGGAUGUUUUCUAUGAGGAGCUCCCAAGAGUCUUUGUCAACAUGGUGGAGAUACUGGAGAUUUCUGGAUUGCGUCAGAUGACAGCAAGCUCUUCAAAGUGCACCUUGGCAGCAAAGAAUGCUUGCCCAUGUUUCUUAAACCCUGAGGAAAACUCUUCUGAACUACAAGAAAUUAAGAGAGUUAACAGAGAUUUUCAGACUGAAGCCUUGCAGCUGAUCAACAGUGGUCGGUAUGAGCAGCGAGAGGACUUUGCAGUUGUCAUGCAGCCUUUCUUCCGAAACACCUUGAUGCCCCUGGAUAGAAAUGGCAAGCCAGAUAUGAGUUUCUUCGCUGCAGAUUGCAUCCAUUUCAGUGCAAGAGGCUAUGCUGAGAUGGCUAUAGCUCUCUGGAAUAAUAUGCUGCAGCCAGUCGGUGAAAAGCAGACUUACAACAACUUUACCCAUGACAGAUCAAAACUCAGGUGUCCAAACACAAAGACACCCUUUCUUUCCACACUGAGAAACAGUGGAUUCAGAAAUUCAGAUCUCAACUUGGAGAAAACUGGAGCUUCAGUCCCCUACUGGGCUGUCAUUGUGGCUGCUGUAGCUGGAGUCCUGGCAGGCUCUUUACUUAUCUGGCUUGGGACAAGAAGAAAAGCCAAGAAGCACCAAUGUGAGACUGACACAGAAAAGAACAUGAAAUUGACACCUCUGUAAAGCAAGGGGAACAAACAUCUGUAUCUGCUGAGGCUGCUCUCUGGUGUGAUGAAGAGAGCAGCAGGAUAAAAAAAAAAAACAUUGGCUAUAAAUGAAGCUUCUUUGUUAGCCAGGGAUUUUUGGGUCCAAUAAUCUUGAUCAGAAAUGUACUAUAGCUUUGGCUUCUGCUAAUCAGUCAAAUGGAGGAUGCUGUUCAAUGUGUUACAGCUUUUUCAUUCUGGGAUACAAUUCUCCAUGUCAUGAAUAUUACUUAUGAUGUCAGUUCCUUGCAUGAAGUGAGAAAACAUGUUCAUGCACCUUGGCAUUAAUUGUGCAUCUGCCCUUUUUCCCUUAUAAAACUGUUUAUAAAACAUUAGCUACAAGUCCAUGAUUGUGACCUGGUAUUCCCCAACAGCAAGGUGAGAUAAAGAAAAGCUGCAAUUACACAGUAGAUUCCAGCAAGACCAUUGAGUUGAAGGUGCUAAGGUAUUUCUACACAAGGAAGCACAGUGCUAUGGAAACAUCUUUAAGCCAACUUCUGAGCCAACCUGGACCAUCCAUGUGGGAUCCCUGGUACACUGCUGGGCAGCACAGCUAGAGUAACUUUAUCUGCUCCACUUCAUCCAGGCUCCAUUCAUCUGGGACUGGAUGUGGAGCUGGACCAUCUGUAUCACUUCUCCUCCAGGGCUAAAUAGCCCAGGAGCAAUGCCAUACCCUCCUGCCCAACACUCUGUGGCAGGUGGUUCCAGAAUGACUUUUCCUGUGAAGAGGGAAUUUCUUCAGUAGCAUGCACUAGGGGUCUAAACAAAAAUGAAGUCCAUAACUGGCAAACUAGCCUGGCUUAACCCUUCUCAUAGGACCCAUGGUGUGUUCAUGUCUCCCAGGCUGGAGUCUACAUGGCUGCUAUCCAAGGAAGAAUAUGCAAACGUUAUUUUAAAUUUUGAUCAGGAGUUCAGAGGGAGUAUUUCUGGGAAAUCAGACAUUUCUUGGUCUAUACUUGCAGGUCAAUUCACAUGAUCUAUCGGCAUAGAAUAUACUUAACAGGUUCCCUGUGAUCUUAUUUUCCAAUAUUUUUCUUAUUUUCUAUGCCUAAUACUUUAUGUUUUGAUUUUAUUGAAAUCAAAGUGUGGCUUGCACUGGUGUAAUUUUUUAAUGAGUGGCACUACAUUUUUACUCCAGAAGUGCAAAUGAGCAGAAAAUUAAAAUGUUU